AUCUAUUUGUGUGGAUGCAGUCACCGUAUCUCCGUUGGUUUCUUCCAUCGCGAUCUGACGCCACCUCUCUCUCUCUCUCUCUCUCUGAGCUUCGAUCCGAAUUACUUUUUUCAUUGUUCCUUCUUCUUCUCCCUCCUUCUAUUGCGUCUUUGUUUUGUCUCAUUGUGUACGUUUUUGCGUACGUGUAUGUUAUAUACUCGGGUUGAGCCUCUGUAGUGAAAGAGUUUUUUUUUUUUUUCGUUUUUGUGUUUGUUUCUGUUGUUGUUUUUGGUGGUUUGUGUUUGUUUUCUGAGUAUUGCGAGUGAACCCGAGCUUUUGGGCUCGGGGAUCCGGAUCAUGGCGUCAGAGAAAGAGCUCUACAUCUCGACUGAUGAGGAAGCAGACCCGAACUCUUGCUACUUGCAAAAGUUCCGACUCUACGAGACUCGCUCGAACUUUUAUAUGAUAGGAAGAGACAAGAACAGAACUAUCUGGAGGGUACUAAAGAUUGACAGACUGGAACCUUCUGAGCUACACAUUCUUGAAGACUGUACAACAUACUCAGAAAUUGAAUGCUAUGACCUGCUAAGGAGGAUUCAUGAAGGAAACCAGUGCACGGGUGGACUUACAUUUGUCACCACUUGUUAUGGAAUCGUUGGGUUCAUCAAAUUUCUAGGACCUUAUUACAUGCUGCUUAUUACGAAAAGAAGAAAGAUCGGUGCAAUUUCUGGGCACACAAUUUAUGCCAUUGCCAAGAGCGAGAUGAUUCCAAUUCCAAAUUCUACUGUGCGGUCCAAAAUGGCUUAUUCUAAGAAUGAGAACAGAUACAAGAAGCUUCUAGGAACAGUGGAUCUUACGAAGGACUUCUUUUUCAGCUACUCAUACCAUGUCAUGCGUAGUCUUCAAAAGAACUUGUGUGAUAAUAAGACAGGGGAAUCCCUUUAUGAAACGAUGUUUGUUUGGAAUGAGUUCUUAACACGUGGCAUCCGAAAUAACCUCAAGAAUACUCUAUGGACGGUUGCCUUAGCUUAUGGCUUCUUUAAACAGGUCAAACUUUCUGUAUCUGGCAGGGACUUUAACUUGACCUUAAUUGCUAGACGCUCUCGUCAUUUUGCUGGCACCAGAUAUUUAAAACGAGGUGUCAACGAGAAGGGUAGAGUAGCUAAUGACGUUGAGACAGAACAGAUUGUUUUUGAAGAUUCUCCCAAAGGAUGCUCUAUGCAAAUAAGUUCAGUUGUGCAAAAUCGGGGUUCAAUACCCCUAUUUUGGUCCCAGGAAACUUCACGACUGAAUAUUAAACCUGACAUUAUAUUAUCAAAGAAGGACCCUAAUUAUGAAGCUACAAGACUUCAUUUUGAAAAUCUUGUCAAGAGAUAUGGAAAUCCCAUACUCAUAUUGAAUUUAAUUAAGACUCGUGAGAGGAAGCCUCGAGAAACUAUUCUUCGUGCAGAGUUUGCAAAUGCUCUCAGGUUUAUUAAUAAAAGUUUAACUGUGGAGAACCACCUUAGGUUUCUUCACUGGGAUCUACAUAGACACUCUACAAGCAAAGCUACAAAUGUGUUGGCACAGCUGGGAAAAGUGGCAGAGUAUGCAUUGAAUGUAACCGGCAUCUUCUAUUGUCAAAUAACACCAAGUUUAAAGCCAGAGGGAUUACUAAAUUGUUCCUACUAUGAGGAAAAUUCUGCUAGUAAAUGCUCUACGGACAACAUUUCCAGUGGAAAUGAGCAUUGUUUUGACUUGGAGAAAGAAGAUAGCAAUGGUUGUGGUAGCGGUGAUGCAAGUGGAGACCACCAUGUCAAACCCCCAACUUUUCAAAGAGGAGUCCUAAGAAGCAAUUGUAUAGACUGUUUAGAUCGCACAAACGUGGCACAAUAUGCCCAUGGGUUAGGUGCCCUUGGCCGUCAGCUGCAUGCUUUAGGACUUUUGGAUUCCCCAAUCAUUAAUCUGGAUAAUCCUCUGGCCGAGGAUUUAAUGGCACUUUAUGAAACUAUGGGUGACACACUUGCAUUACAGUAUGGUGGUUCUGCAGCGCACAAUAAGAUAUUUUCUGAGAGACGAGGCCAGUGGAAAGCAGCAACUCAAUCGCAGGAAUUCUUUAGAACAAUACAAAGGUUUUACAGUAAUACCUGCAUGGAUCCUGAAAAACAAAAUGCCAUCAAUGUGUUCCUGGGUUACUUUCAGCCCCAACCAGGUAAACCAGAGCUGUGGGAGCUGGAUUCAGACCAGCAUCACAAUGUAGGGUGGCACGUUCCUAAGCUUGCCGAAGAGAAUAUUCGGUCAUUUAUUAAAAGAUCACUAUCAGAUGGGAAUAUUAUUUGCGAAAGGGAUUCAACUGAGGUAACCACUGGUGUCAGCAAUGAGGAGCCCUUGUCUGGAAAAUUGCACGGAGGUAACACUGGUCUUUCAGAGUCAACACCAGAGAUGUCAAGUUGUGAAAGUGAUAUGUCAUAUUGCAGGUUUACUCCUUCAAUGUCUCGCAGGCAGCUCUUUAAAGAUGUGCUAGAGGACCAAUGUCCUGAAAGUAAUCACAUUUGUUAUGACGACCACGGGGAUGCAUGUACCUGCUCAAAUUUUCUUGAUGUGGACUGGCUUUCUUCUUCUGGAAACUCUUGUGAAGAAGAAAUAUAUGAAAGGUCUAUCACCAGCCUUUCAUCGGAAAAUGUUGUGGAUGGACUAAAACUUGACACUACCACAUCCACAAGUGAGAGUAAUCCCAGCAUGAGGGAAAGGGAGCAAAAUGGAAGAGAGAUCACGCAUGAUGACACCCGUGGUGCAUUUUCUGAAAGCUUUUCGAACUGGGUAACUCAUGGGGCAAUACUGUUACACUAAAGUAGAAGGUUUUUCGUGAUUACAUUUAUUCUCAUCAUCAUCAUGAUCAUCAUCUUAUUCAACACGUCCGAAGGAUGUGGGUUCCUGCACAGAAUAAAUCGUAAGAGAGCAACGGAAAGAGAACAUACCAUUGGCGGAUGGAUAUACAUUGUUGAAGACUAAUUCUCAAGUGGAAUAAGAUUUGCGGCAUUAAUUUGAUCACAAAAUGUUCCUCGCAGACAGACAUGAUACAUUAAGGACGAGUAUAUAUCAGCCAGCUAAUUCCUCCUGGAGCCCUCAACUCCACAGCAUCUUCUAGGUUCUCAAUUCACAAAGCUUGACUCUGUAAAUAUGAUAUCUUAACUCCGCUGAUUCCUGUAGGUUUUAAACUCCAAAAGUUUUUGACCUCGUAAAUGUUAAUAAGUAAUAAUCUUGUAUA